AUGGGAGUACUUGAUGAUAUUAAGGGCAAAGCUGCAUUUACUCCUUCUUCUCUGCUAUCUGGACGAGGAGGGCUGCACAUGGCUCAGAUCAUACUGUGUCUGGUUACGUUUCUCAUAAGUGCCUUCAGAGGAGGGAGCAGCCAUACCUACUGGAACUACGCCAUGUUCGCCUGGGCCUUCUGCGCCAUCAUGACCCUCAUCAUCACCAUUAUUGAGAUGUUUAUGCUUCACAUACUGCUCAAAGCUUGCCUGGACUGGGACGACUUCACUACCGGGAUGGCCAUGUCUUCUGCGCUCAUGACUGUCUCUGUUGCUAUCUUCUAUGCCAAUUUCUACAUCUGCCGGACAUGUCUGCAUGGGUGGAUAGUGAGUAUAUUGGCUUUCUUGUCUGGCAUUGUCUACAUACUCGAAGUGGUGAAAGACAAGUUCCUUGAUAAGAAGACGGGGAGCUACCUGGCAGCUCUGCCUGGAUUCUGGAAAGUUUUAGAGGCUUUUGUGAGCUGCAUGAUUUUUGUAUCGCUGACUGGUUACAGAGACUCUAUCCCUCUGAUCUUAUGUGUUAUAGCAUAUAUCAUUCCGUUUCCCAUUAUUCCUGUAAUCAUUGCCACCAACAUCCUCAAAAAACUGAAGAACUGUUUGCCUUUUAAUCUGGAUAGGUUUGUAGUUAUAUUCUUGAUAAUCUCUGUUGUGUUGUAUGUACUUGCUGCUAUUUUGUGGCCCAUUUUUAUCUUCAGACACAAUCCUUACCCAAAGGAUUGUCCACCCAGCUAUUGCAUAUGGGCCAUUCAGUUUAUGGUUGCCUUUUUCACCUUUGUGAAUCUCAUUCUAUUCAUACUGGACCUCAUUUUCACUCUGCUUGGUAUCUGCAACUUUAAACGCACCUAA